UCCAGCUGCACUUGUAAACAAGAUUAUCUAUUGAAAUUAAGGUUGUUUACGGACAUAUUUAUUAUAUUGUAUAUUUGAGUGUUGAACAGAAUGAGGUGCGUUAGAGUUUUUGCUUCAGUUUUUCUCCGCAGAUAUAAUUUAGAGUUCAUUUCAUAGUCUAAAAUAGUUUGCUUGCCACAUACGUGCGUAUACUCUUCGUGGUCCUCAACCACCUGCAUGGGAGCCGUAUGCAUGGGAACAAAGUGAGAAGAGCCCAGAUGUUGUGUGACAUCUGAUGUGGAAGAAACUAUAAGCCUCGAAGCCAGAGGCCACACCUGGCAAAUCAUGAAUUUAAAAAUAAGUAACUGAGAUUUCCGAGGUGUUGGUGUCGGUGGCUGUUUGAAGUGACGGGGCCUCUGGUUCCCUUCCUCCUUCGUGAUACAGCUACGACGAGGAACAUUCAUUGUGUGUGGAUUUUGGCGGCGGCCCCCGUGGACAAAGGCGGUCGCGUCUCCGAGCGCCGCCGCAGUCUUUUUCUUUUUAGAAAACGUCUAGUUCUAACAGUCCACCCGGUCCUGGUUCUGGUUCUCCUGUGCCUCCCUUCUCUCCAGCGAGCCCUAGAUAGACGACCUGGGGGGUCUCGCACCCGGCGAGGUGAAAUCGGAGGCCCCGCUGGCGUUCCAGUUGAACCCACGUUCCUGAUUCGUCUCUUUUGGCGGGGGAUCGUAGCCGAUGGAGAGAAUUAAGAACGACUGUACGAGGAAGCAAAACCAAUAAGCAGACGGUAUUUCUCCACAUAGUUUAAUAUCGGUUACAACCCAAAGUGUUCAAAUGUGUGUCAAAAGAAACCUUUCAUACGAGAGCGGCCGUUUCUGAUGCGUUGCUGUUACAAUAAAGUUGUGAGAUUUUUGGCUGUUCAUUUGUGAAUAUCACAUUUUUCCGCGUUGCAGGGAGCGACGUGCUGAUAUGCAGCGUGUGAUAUGAUACGACAGCGUGGUCGAUGCUCAGUGGUCCUCAACCACCUGCAUGGGAACCGUAAGCUUGGGGAAAAAGUGAUAAGAGCCCAGAUGUUACGGUUUGACAUGUGGAAGAAACUAUAACCCACGAAGCCAGGGGGUCCUCAGCGUGGCCCACCGCGGGAUCAAAAAACAACCUAACGACUAUACGGCAAUGCCAAAAUAACAACUGGGAUAACCGGUGACCUACUUCUACGUUUAUAAAGCCCCCGUGAUAGAAAACCAACGAGAAAGAGUGGGACGCAUACAAUACGGGAGGGCACGGCCCCCCCUCUCCCUCCCCCCUAUAGGAACGUGUCAUGGUCCAGUCCAACCUGAGAAGCUCUCCAUCUGGAUUAAAGGGUUUGACAGUGUUGGUGAUUACUGAGGCGAAAGCGCUUAAGGACACUUGUGGGAGAGAAGGAAACAAGUGAAAUGUGGGGCCUCUUGGUGCUCGCUGUGGCCCUCGCCGUCGGCGCAUCGGACAACGACACGGCGGUGGAGGAGGAGCUCGACAUCGCCAGAGGGAAACUGCUGGCUCCCAGCGUGGUCGGAUGAGGCAUAAAGAAAAUGCCCGAGCUCCAUCAUUUUCUCCUGGAGCGCUGGGCGUUAUACCACAACUUGGAGUACGACUCGUCGGAGGAGAAGAACCCUCGUCUCAUCUUGUAUAACCAGAAGGACGAGGUGGUCAAGACUGUUCCCGUGAAGGAAAUGAAGGCAGAGGAGAUCAGCAGCUUGUUGGACUCACUGGGUUUCUACAAGAGGUCCCAGAAAGGGGAAGAGGUGCCAGAGGAGUUCCAGCGUUUCCCCCUGCGCCCCCCCAGGGACGAGCUGUGAUGACACCUGGUGGCUGAUCUCUGCCACUGCACCCGCGCUCACAUUAAUGACGAGUGGGGCUCCAAGGCCACAUCGACGGGCCAGGCCCCAUUCCGAGGACUCGUUGGCCGCGUGCAGCGUGCAGUGUGAUAGUCGAUGCUGUCAAUCAAAUAAAAAUCUAUUUUAAAAAUCCU